CGUGGCACUGUAGUAAUGUUUUUCUGUUCCGAGUACGCUCCGUGAAAUUGCGUUAAAAAUGAGAAUUUUUUAGGUUUCUUGGACAAUUUGAUCAAGAUAAAGGUGAUAUGAGUGAAUUCAAGUCGUUUCCCAAUUCCCGCCUUCGUUUUCUUUGCAAAUGUGGGUCGGAAAACUGUAAGAAACUUGGAGAAUCGCCGAGAUUCACAAAGAGACCGAGCUGAAACCCGAGGAUGAAAGCAGGUAAAAGGAUUCUAAAUCCUUUUACAACACCACCGGAACCAACUCAAAGCCAAUCCCAGAGUGUACAGAAGUCUGCGGCCGAGAUUCGGGUGUCUGGAAAGCAAUCACCACGACAAGAUCUCCUGCAAUUAAGAGUACGGAUAAAUAGCCUAGAUAAUAACUACUAACAGAAGCGAACAGAUUGCAAAGUUGAAGAAAACACUUUUUGCGUAGUAGCCUUUUGUUCCGCGUUAUCCAAUCGUGCGUUCGUGUUGCUCCCUGAUUUCGCCAAGAUUCCUUCCCCAACUGCCCGGCCGUCGUGAUGGACACCGAGUCCAUCACCGAGAGCAGCACCAGCAGCAGCAGCCACGGUAGCACCGGAGGACAACAUGGAGCUGGCACCACCACCGUGGCCUGUCUACCCACGGAUGUGCUGACCACCAUUUUUCUGAACCUGCGGAUGCCCGAUCUAGCCUCGGUGCGGCAAACCUGUGUGGCCUGGUACGAAAUCGUCAUUAACAACCGAACGUUGAUGAACCGCUUUGUGCUUUCUCUGCGGAACUGUCAGAUAGAGGAAGGCUGCGAACAGUGGUCCCUGCUGCUUAUCACUCGGAGCACUUUCGAGAAGCUGUGUUUCAAAUCAUGCACCAUCGGUCCUGCAACAGAACUGUGGCAAGCGAUCGGUGGAAACGUGGUCGAGCUGACGCUCAAUGACUGUACGCUGAACGGCGAUACACUGUUCAACAUGCUACGCCACAUGCGUUCCACCUUGCGCUCGUUGACGCUUAAAGCCACCAAAUUUGAGGACCACAGCAUUCGCAACGUGACACUGGAUUUUCGCCUCGAGCGGCUACACUCGUUGACACUGCGGUCCAUCUUUGUGUACAAUGAGUUCUUCCAUGUCUUCAAACACAUCUGCCCUUCGCUCAAGGCACUGAAACUAGCCUUUUCUUCAUACGAACACUGGGGUGAACAGCUGGUCGAAUUUGUGGCCACGCUACGAGCGACCCUUGAUGCAAUCACACUCAGCUAUACGAAGGUCAGCAGCGGAUUGUUGCAUCAGCUGGCGCGCAUCGAGAGCCUACGGCUACGCAAGGUUUCGUUGAAAUCGUGCAGCGAGCUGAAGGAGCGUGACAUUCUCGAACUGGCCCGGCUGCAACCGACGAUCGUGCAUCUGAACCUGGACAACCUCUUCUCGGCCGACGAACAGUUUCUGCGGGCUCUCAGUGCCUUCCUACCGCAGAUGAAGCGCAUCAAGCUGCGGGUCUCCCGGAUCAGUAACCUGCACCAGUCGUUUCUCGCCAAUCUCCCGCAGCUGAACUAUCUCAAGAUCACCGAUACCACGCACGUGAAGGGCAACCUGGAUUUGAGCGCAUACGAAAAUGCUUCCCUCGAGAAGCUGUACGUAUCGGCAGCCACCUUUUCGCGAAACAUUCUACCCCGGUUCUUCGAGCGUUGUCCCAAUAUCCGCAGCCUGACGCUCUACCAGUGUACGUAUGAGAACAUUCACGAUCUGCAGCUGGCUUUCUCGCACCUGAACGCGCUCGAGUACUUAAACCUGCAGCGUACGUUCGACAUCAGCGAUAGCUUCUUCAAUCGGGACGUCUUCGAUACGAUCGUGAUGCCGUUUGAGCGGAUACGCUUCUACCCGAUCACGAACCUGCGCCGGCUGUGUUACCUUAACCUCAGCCAUUGCCGGGACCUCUCCGAUCAGACGCUGAUGGCGCUCAGUUUUCCGCUGCUGAAGAAGAUCGAUUUGCGCGGGUUGCAUAUCACGGAGGCGGGCAUCGCGUCGCUGGUGACCGAGUGUCCGCUGCUUGAGUACGUCCAUGUCGAUGCGUGCAAGCGUAUCUGCGACAAUGCGGUGCUGUCGCUGUGUCGCGAUCUAAAGCACCUGAAGCUACUGAACCUCGAAAGUUGCAAGAUGCUCACGGAUCGUUCGAUCGAGCACAUUUUGCGCCACUGUCGGUGUCUCGUUUGGCUUAACAUGAUGAGUUGCCCGCAGCUAAGUGACGAUGCGAAAGGUCAGCUGAGUGGUUUGCGAACGAUACGAUCGCUCUACUUGUCGCCCUCUUGAAGUCAUGCAAUGACUCAUCGGUGACAUUUAUAAAUGUAACCGGAACACACACCGAUACGCUUAGCUACUGUUUCGUUUUGAGCUUAACGUAUUGCUGUUAUUUCGGGCGAAAGGUGCAGGAGAACAUCAUCAACCGUCAUGGAGAAUCGGAUUUGGGACAGCGGAGAAAAUCAUGCAACACCUAGUUCAAUUGUAAUUAUGGACAUCAGAAAACACGACACACAUCUAAGACAUAAAUAUAUGUAUACAAAUAUAUAUAUAUUUUUGAAGUUCGAGAGAUAGCUUUUCGUAGACGCGUUCAAUGCAGGAAGGUGUUUUUUCCUUCGCGAGAUAAGUAAUAAAGUUUGUUUUUCUUUUAUUA